AUGACCUCCCAAACUAUAAAUCACGCGGCCAUACUCCCCGGCAAGGAUCUCGACCUUAUCAUCCAAGAGCGAGAGAUCCCGACCCCUGGUCCCACAGACGUGGUCGUACGGAACCACUACAUUCCUGUCAACCCGCUGGACUGGAGACGUCAAGCCUGGGGCCUCUACACGCCACAUUUCCCACUCGUGCUCGGACAAGAUGUCUCCGGCGAAGUAGUCAAGGUCGGCUCCCAAGUGACCAGCAUGAAGCCAGGCGACCGCGUCGUCGGCACGGCCAACGGCCUCAGCACCUUUGACAACGACCGCGGCGCCUUCCAGGAGUACGCCCUCGCCCUCGACUCCUCCGUGUCCCGGAUCCCGGACAAGAUCACGUACGCCCAGGGCGCCACGCUGGGCACCAACGUCGGCACCGCCGUCAUGGUCUUCCACGACCUCUGGGGCCUGCCCAGGCCCUCCGCCGACGCCGCCGCCGCCACCAGCGGCCCAGCCACGGGCGCGGGCAUCCUGAUCUGGGGCGCCGCGUCGUCCAACGGCUUCCUGCUGGUCCAGUACGCGCGCCACCUGGGCUUCAAGGUCUUCGCCACGGCCAGCGAGCGCAGCCACGCGUACCUGCGCUCGCUCGGCGCCGCGGCCGUGGUGGACUACCAUUCGCCCUCGGCGGAGAAGGAGCUCGUCGCCGCGGCGCGGGCCGCCGGCGUGGAGAUCUCGUACGCCAUCGACACGGUCGCCACGCCCGACACGCUGCCCCGCGUGCUCAAGGUGGUCGGCGCCAGCAGCGGCGACACCGCCAAGGGCGGCAAAAAGGCUCGGGUGUGCAGUAUGCUGCCCGGCCAGGAGGUCCCCGACGUGGACGAGGGGAUCGAUCUGGCGUACGUCAACGGCGCCGAGAUCUGGGACCGCCGGCGGGACCUGGGGUACUGGAAGUCGAGCCAGCUUGCGACUUGGCUGGAGGAAGGCGUUCUUGUGCCUGGGAAGUAUCGCGUCGUUGAGGGCGGACUCAGUGGCCUCCAGGCUGCGUUGAAUGAGCUCAAGGCAGGUGGCGGCCCGGAGAAGCUCAUUGUCAAACUUAUCUGA